GGGACAGAAUGCUGAAUGAGGAAGAGAGAGACAGUAUGUGAGAAUGACAAGCGUUUGUGGUACAGACUUCGAGGCCCAGCAAAUGCUAUGUCCACGACGGUGUGUGUGUGCGUGUGUGUGUGUGUGUGCGCGCGUGUGUGUGUGUGUGUAAAACACCAUGCUAUCGAAUGUCAACAAUGUAUGACACCAAAAGACACUGUGCCGCUAUGACAGUGAUGACAUAUGACAGUGUAGGGGGAAGCAAAACAUGAGCCACUGUGUAUCAGGAAAUUGACCAGGAAUAAAUGUGACCACACAAAGGCACCCCCUGGAAAGAAAACCACAUGGUUCUGUGUCACACUAGGCACUGGAGCGCUUGGCAGAGAGGCUGCACGAGUAUGUAGAUGUGUGAGACUCGGAGAUAGUAUGAAUGAGAACUUCAGAAGCUAAAACUGCACUUGUAGGUAACAAUGUAUACAGUUGACUCUCUAAGAUACCUGCCUGACCGUGCAAUGAUGCCAGCUCUGCAGUGAGAAAUCAUGAGUGACAGCAGUGGGCAGCCAUGUCCAACAACAUGGCCAAGAUCGCUGAGGCCCGCAAGACGGUGGAGCAGCUGAAGCUGGAGGUGAACAUCGAUCGCAUGAAGGUGUCGCAGGCGGCAGCCGAGCUUUUGGCUUUCUGCGAGACGCAUGCUAAGGAUGACCCACUGGUGACUCCUGUCCCCGCCGCCGAGAAUCCUUUCCGCGACAAGCGACUGUUUUGCACCCUGCUCUGAGCCCUCAAGACAGCUUUAUCUUCCCCGAAGAAGUAUGAAUCCAAUAAACUUGGUGACUUGGU